UUAAAAAAAAACAAAAAAAAAGCAGGAGAAUAAAUAGAACUAUCUCAAGUAUGGAAGAAAAAUAUUGCAGAGUUGUGGGAGAGUUAGUAAUUUAGAAGGGGCACCCUCUCACUGUUUUAAGUCUAGUUAAUUGACUAGAUGUGUGUGUAUGUAGAAAACCUGUGUUCAAGGAAGGACAGAAUAUUUAUAUCCAGAAAAAGUUUAGAAAAAAUAUUGACUCCUUCAUACUUAACAUCUACAUUAUAGGGCUUUAUUGUCUAAAAGCUAUGUGUGAUUGUCUGUAAAUGUGUGUGUGUGUGUGUGUGUGUGUGUGAGGGAGAGAGAGAAAGAGAGGCAGAGAGAGAACAGUACAAAGCAAGAUUCCUUUAGAAACACAUUCAAAGGAGCCAGAGGGCUCCCAGCUGGCUAAUCUCCGUCAUGCUUUCCUGGCCCCUCCCCCUUCCUUCUCAUCAUAACUUGUGAUCUUAGAGGCAUGAAAGAAUUUGAGCCCCUCCCCCAGCCUGACCGUCUCUGCGGGCGGUGCAGCCCGGCUCCAUGUCAAAUCCAGCUGGGAGGGCGAACCCCAGGGCCACAGAGAGGGUGGUGGGCUUGCAGGCAGGUUCCUCGCCCGGUGGCCAUGGGCGACAAGAGUGGGCAGUCUGCCCUACGCACCUAUAAAUCCCUUGAUGAGGAGGCCCUCUUGGGCUCUGCAGAGCUGCCCAAAAGACCCACGGGGAGCCUGGUUAUGCACAGCAUGGCCAUGUUCGGCCGGGAGUUCUGCUAUGCGGUGGAGGCGGCCUACGUGACUCCAGUGCUGCUCAGCGUGGGCCUGCCCAAGAGCCUGUAUAGCAUGGUGUGGCUCCUGAGCCCCAUCCUGGGGUUCCUACUGCAGCCCUUGGUGGGAUCGGCCAGCGACCACUGCCGGGCCCGGUGGGGCCGCCGGAGACCCUACAUCCUCACGCUGGGCGUCAUGAUGCUCCUGGGCAUGGCCAUGUAUCUCAACGGGGACGCGAUCAUAUCAGCUUUGAUUGCUGACUCAAGGAGGAAGCCGAUCUGGGCCAUAAGUAUCACCAUGAUAGGUGUGGUUCUCUUUGAUUUUGCUGCUGACUUCAUUGAUGGGCCCAUCAAAGCCUACUUGUUUGAUGUCUGCACUCAUCGAGAUAAGGAGAGGGGCCUCCACUACCAUGCUCUCUUCACAGGUUUGGGAGGUGCUCUCGGUUACCUUUUGGGCGCCAUCGACUGGGCCCACUUGGAACUGGGAAGACUGCUGGGCACGGAAUUCCAGGUCAUGUUCUUCUUCUCCUCACUGGUGCUCACUUUGUGUUUCAUUAUCCACCUGUGCAGUAUCCCUGAAGCCCCACUUACAGAUGUUGCAAAGGACAUUCCCCCACAGCAAGCCCCCCAGGACCUUGCCUCGUCAUCAGACAAAAUGUACGAGUAUGGGUCUAUUGAGAAAGUAAAAAAUGGUUAUGUAAACCAAGAGUUGGUGCUGCAGGGAGGAAAAACCAAAAAUCCUGCUGAACAGACUCAGAGGACAAUGACCUUGAGGUCACUGUUGAGGGCCUUGAGGAGCAUGCCCCCUCAUUACCGCUGCCUUUGCAUCAGCCACCUCAUUGGAUGGACUGCCUUCCUAUCCAACAUGCUCUUCUUCACAGACUUCAUGGGCCAGAUCGUGUACCACGGGGAUCCCUACGGUGCCCACAACUCCACAGAGUUCCUCAUCUACCAAAGAGGGGUGGAGGUUGGAUGCUGGGGCUUGUGCAUCAACUCUAUGUUCUCCUCGCUUUAUUCUUACUUUCAGAAAGCUUUGGUUCCCUGCAUUGGAUUAAAGGGUCUUUACUUUAUGGGGUAUUUGCUGUUUGGCCUGGGAACAGGAUUCAUCGGGCUCUUCCCAAAUGUCUACUCCACCCUGGUCAUGUGCACUUUGUUUGGAGUGAUGUCCAGCACCCUGUACACGGUACCCUUUAACCUCAUCGCUGUGUAUCACCACGAGGAGCAGAAGCAACGGGCCCUGGGCGGGGGCCCGGACAGCAGCGGCAGAGGGCAGGGCCUGGACUGUGCUGCCCUCACAUGCAUGGUGCAGCUGGCUCAGAUCCUGGUUGGAGGUGGCCUGGGCCUUCUGGUCAACACGGCCGGCAGCGUCGUCGUCGUGGUGAUCACGGCCUCUGCGGUGGCACUGAUUGGCUGUUGCUUUGUGGCUCUCUUUGUUAGAUAUAUGGAUUAGGUCAAUAAAGAGACAUGGUCCCUAACCUCAGACACAGUGGAGCACAUGGCAUGAAAUCAAUCUAUAUUUAGCUUUGUGGGUUUUUUUUUUUUCUGGAUUGAAGGGCUUUAAUCAAAAGUGUAUUGCACCACAAAUGAAUUUUCUACAGCAGUUUUAGAUAACAAUCCCUAUUUACAACAUGGAGGGUGAGAUCAAGAUCCGAGGCUCAUAUAAAGGGCUCUAUGUACUGUAGCACAGAACGUUCUAUACAAGUAAAAGUGCAUGAAAUCACUUCAGAGUGUUUACUCCACUCUUCCUCUUAAAGCUGAAGGAGAUUCAACAUGCAGGAGGAAAGGCUAAUCAGAACAAGUCCC